UGGCAGUCAAGCGUAACACUCAAACGCAACAGUUUAGUUUUUUAAAUAUUUUAUCAAUCAACAAUAAUAAAAAAAUAAAUAUUAUAAUUAAUUAUAAACAAUUUAAAUUGUGUUUAAAAAAAAAAAAAAAAAAAACUACCUACUCAAUUAAAUAAACAAAUAAACAAACAAUAAAAACAUUGAUUGUGAAAAAAAUAUAUUAAAUUGUGCAUAUAAAAUGUAAUUAAGUGAAUUAAUUUAAAAAAAAAAAUUAAAAUAAAUUAAAUUAAAAAUGAAAAACGAAGUAGAAUCAUCAUCUUUACAUGUUCAUGAUCAUCAUCAUCAUCAUAAUGAUACAUCAACAAAUAUUAUUAAUAGAAAUAUAAAUAAAUUUGAUCAUCAAUCAAGUAUUAUAUCAAGUUUAUCACAUCAAAGUGAAAAUAUAUUAGUUACAAAUAAUUUAUUAGAAACAACAACAACAACAACAACAUCAUCAUCAUCAUCAACAUCAACACGUAAAUCAGGUACACGACGUCAAGAAAAACCACCAUAUUCAUAUAUUGCAUUAAUUGUAAUGGCAAUACAAUCAAGUCCAGAUCGUAGAUUAACAUUAUCAGAAAUAUAUACAUUUUUACAACAAAGAUUUCCAUUUUUUCGUGGUACAUAUCAAGGAUGGAAAAAUUCAGUAAGACAUAAUCUAAGUUUAAAUGAGUGUUUUAUUAAAUUACCAAAAGGUUUAGGUAGACCUGGUAAAGGACAUUAUUGGACAAUUGAUCCAGCAAGUGAAUAUAUGUUUGAAGAAGGAAGUUUUCGUCGAAGACCAAGAGGUUUUAGAAGAAAAUGUCAAGCAUUAAAACCACAAUAUUCACAAUAUUUUGGUAGUGUACCAAGUGUUGGUUUAACAAGUGCAAUACAAACAUCUGGAUAUGAUAAUUUAACAAAUGGAUGUGUUGAUUAUACAAAUAGUUAUCAAAAUCAAUAUCAAAAUUAUCAAGAUUAUCAAAUGUAUGGAAGUGGAGGUGGUGGUGGUGGUGGUAAUGUAAGUGGUAUUAAUGAUUGGAGUUAUCUUGAACCGCCAUAUAAAGCUCCACCACCACCACCACCAUCAAUUGCUGAAGUUACAUAUAAAACAACUGAAGUUACAUAUAAAACUGGUGAACCAUCAUUAUAUAGAAAUACUGAUAUUGCAUUUAAAAAUGAACCAUUUACAAGAAAUACAAAUGAACAAAUAACAUAUCGUUCAAAUAAUGAUAUAUUUGGUAUUAAACAAGAUCAUUUACAUCAAGUUAAUCAACAAAAUAAUGAAUUAUCAUCAUCAUCAUCAUAUAAAACAGAAAAUGAACAUCAAGAUAAUAAUGUUAAUUGUAAUUUUAAAAAUAUACAAAAUACAAAUUUAACAAAUCAACAUAUUCCAACACAAGAUUAUUAUGUUGGUUAUGGUUUGGCGGGAAAUUCAACAAAUAUUAAUCUUUCAACAAUGAGAAAUAUACAAACACAUACAGGAGGUGGUACUAGUCCAGCUGGUAAUUCAAGCACAAAUAAUAUUGAAUGUCCAACUUCUGUUGCUGAUCAUGCACUGAGAAUUCAAUGUGCAACAAGUUCAUCAUCAAAUAGUUCUGGUGGUGGUCUUAUCGAAAGAAAUCCUUCAUACUUUAGUCACUCAUUAAAUUUGAGUAAUAUAGGAGCACUAAGUAUUGGAUCAAAUAUUCAUUCAACAAGCUCACCUGCAAGUGGAUUAUACUACGAUCAACACAAGUACUCAUCAAUGUAAAAAAAAUAAAUACCAAUGAUUAAAAAAAAAAAAAUUAAAUUAAA